AUGCUCUUCAGGCAUCCUUUAGUACGGGCAUUGCGGUCCAUCGGGAUUCGCAGAACGUCAAGGAGACCUAUAACUUCCUGUGCUGCAGCGGCAAGUACAAGGGCGGUGAGGUGUGGAUCGAAUCUGCCCUGGCGACGGACUGCCCGCGCAAGGCAGAGCCGUUCCUGUGGAAGGACGAGGAGCAUCCCGAGGGUCUUCCGGGCUUCAAAGUUGAGCGUGAAGGACACGGUGCUUAAAUUUAAUGGGGCCCGCAUCUCGCUUGCGGCUUACACGGUGCAUACGUUGGGCGAACCAUUGCCACCGGUGAGUAAGAGACUUGGUUUCAGCAUGCUAGCGCAAGAAGAGCCGCGGCUUGCUGCGUGGAGCGUGUUCAGCCCCGCGACCGAGUCUGUCCUAAUGAGGAGCCCACCUCAUGGGUUUGGCCCAAAGGCGAGUGACAUCCGAGUCCCCGGUUUUGGGAUCAAGAACCUUCUUCGGCGGCUCGACCUCCCGGUCUGCGGGCACAGGCAGCGUAUCAUCUGCGGCCUCGGCGUCCUGAUUGGUGAGUGA